AUGCCAUCCUCCUCGUCAUCCUCCUCCUCCUCCGCUGACGACGAGGGCGCCCGCGGCAAGCGCAAGAGGGGCUCGCCGGGCGCAUGCGCAUCCGCAUCCGGCGGCGACUACCACCAGGGCCCGUCGUCCAAGUGGCGGACGCCGCGCGCGCAGCAGGCCUACUCCUCCAAGCUCCUCCAGGCGCUGCGCCUCGUGCGCGGCGGCGGCGGCACCGGCACACUCAUCACCUGCUCCGCCUCCGCCCCGGCGGUGCGCGACGCGGCCUACCGAGCGCUGGCCGUCGCGGCGCGGGGCCACUCGCACUGGAGCCGCGCCAUCCUGGCACGCAGCCGGCGGUGCCGGGCGCUCCACUGCCUCCGCGCGCGCCGGCCGCCGCCGCCGAGGCCCCGUAAGCGGCACCAGCAGCAGCAGCAGCAGCAGGGCGGCGAAACCGAGGAGUGGCGGCCGGGAGGGCUGGCUGGCAGGGCCAAGGUGCUGGGGCGGCUGGUGCCCGGGUGCCGGAGCCUGUCGCUGCCCGCGCUCCUGGCCGAGGUGUCCGACUACAUCGCUGCGCUGGAGAUGCAGGUGCGCGCCAUGGGCCAGCUCACGCACGACCUCGCGGCGUCGGCGUCGGCGUCGGCGUCGGCGUCGUCUUCUUCCGCGCCGACGGCGGCGCCAUCGAUUGCUCCGCCCUAG